UAGAUCAGAGGACGUUUCAUAGUAGUAGUAAUUCAAUUAGAGACGCUGAGACGUAUUCUGAAAGAGAACGUUUUAUAUCAAAUUCUAAUGCAUUUUUUAGUAUAUUUAUUACGAUUCUAAUAAUUAUUGCUUAUUCAAGACGAGUUCAGAUCUUUAAGGACGACAUAGAUCAUUUGCUAUUGUUGUCUUGGGCGAUGAUGUAAUGAUGAUGUAAUCUUGUGGCAAUACAACAGGUGAAAUCUGAUCCAAGCAUGAGGAUAUACUUUUUAUUUCCAAUGUCAAAAGGGAUAUUCUUUCGUCAGUAUUGUAACUCAUAUCAGUAUUUAUUUCCAUCGUAUGUAUGCAGACAGAAUUUAUUAUUAAAUAACAACAAUCAAGAGAAUGAAAAAUACUGUAACCCAUCAUUGUGUGUGCUCACUUUGCCACCAGGGGGCGUCUGUCACCUUCUACACUGUAGGCUUCUGCGUGAGGCUAAUUGGACAUUUUUCGAAUAUAUUGAUUUUAUUCAAAUCUUCACAACAAAACCCUCCACUUCUAAAUUUCAGUAAUUAAGACUGUACCCGUUUUAUUAUUUCUGAAGGCAAGUCCAGUUGUAGUGUGCUCACCAAUGGAAACCAGGGUUUUACUCGGGAAAUAAACAAUGAAUGUAUAUGAAGUGUGAGCCAGGAAAAAUAAACACGAGAGGCCACUGCUGCAGGACAAAAGCCCAAUUAAAGAUCCAUAAAGAGAGAUCAGGGGGAUAAAAUGGUGUGAGCAGCGUUUCAGCUUCUUGACUCCUCCCGCGAGGAGGCGGAGGAGGAGGCGGGACUCGGUGCACCUAAACAGACGGAGGGGUUCGGCAUUGUGUUCAGAGUGUCAGUACUGCAUCCACGGAGGAGGAGGACAAGGCGAGAGGGCCACAGCAGCACUGUGCCACAACAACAAGCCCGAGCUCACCGACAGGGAGGCGAGGCGGGGGGGGCGAUCAGGACGAACCUGCCAUCAUCUCCGCAGCGCUGCCUGGACUCCGCCGUCUCGUCCUGCGCCUUUUCGCGGCCAUCGGUCGCCGAGCUGCAGGAGCGCGAGAGCCGGGGGAGGACUCGCAGCCUCUGAAGGAGCCCCGUCGCGUCGGCGGUAUGCACGUCUCGUCGGCUUAAACCGGCGCCGCCGCCGCCGCAGCUCCACAGCCGCCCCCCUGUUUCGCGGAGGCAGGAUCCGAGGGACGCCAACACCUCUAACCUGCAGCCGGAGGCCCGACGCGCAUCCACGGAACCCGCCGCGAUGCCCGGGUUCGAUUACAAGUUCCUGGAGAAGCCAAAGAGACGGUUCCAGUGUCCGCUCUGCAGCAAGGCGAUGCGGGAGCCGGUGCAAGUGUCUACCUGCGGACACCGCUUCUGUGACACCUGUCUGCAAGAAUUCCUAAGCGAGGGUGUGUUCAAGUGUCCAGAGGAUCAGCUGCCCUUGGACUAUGCCAAGAUCUACCCGGAUCCAGAGCUGGAGCAGCAGAUCCUGGCUCUGCCCAUCCGCUGCAUCCACAGCGAGGAAGGCUGCCGCUGGACCGGCCAAAUGAAGCAGCUGCAGGGCCACUUCUCCACCUGCGCCUUCAACGUGAUACCCUGCCCCAAUCGUUGCUCCGUCAAGCUGACGCGCCGCGACUUGCCCGACCACCUGCAGCACGACUGCCCCAAGCGCAAGGUGAAGUGCGAGUUCUGUGGCAGCGAGUUCACGGGCGAAGCAUACGAGAACCACCAGGGUGUGUGUCCUCAGGAGAGUGUGUACUGUGAGAACAAGUGUGGGGCAAGGAUGAUGCGCCGUCUGCUGUCCCAACACAGCAUGGCCGAGUGUCCCAAACGCACGCAGCCCUGCAAGUACUGCGGCAAGGAGUUUGUCUUUGACACAAUCCAGAACCACCAGUAUCACUGUCCUCGGUUUCCGGUCCAGUGCCCAAACCAGUGCGGGACGCCCAACAUCGCCCGAGAGGACCUGGCUAACCACGUGAAGGACAACUGCGGCAGUGCGCUCGUCCUCUGCCCUUUCAAAGAUGCCGGCUGCAAACACAGGUGUCCAAAACUGGCAAUUGGUCGUCAUCUGGAAGACACCACCAAGUCCCACCUGACUAUGAUGUGCAACCUUGUUGGCCGCCAGCGGCAGGAGAUCCUGGAGCUGCGGAGGGAGAUGGAGGAGCUGUCCGUCAGUCACGAUGGCGUCCUCAUCUGGAAACUCAGCGACUACACGCGCAAGCUCCAGGAGGCCAAACUCCGAAGCAACCACGAGUUCUUCAGCCCACCCUUCUACACUCACCGCUACGGCUACAAGCUGCAGGUGUCGGCCUUCCUGAACGGUAACGGCAGCGGCGAGGGCUCCCACCUCUCAGUCUACAUCCGCGUGCUGCCCGGAGAGUACGACAACCUGCUGGAGUGGCCCUUCUCCUACAAGGUGACUUUCUCCAUCAUGGAUCAGAGCGACCCGUCGCUUUCCAAACCCCAGCACAUCACGGAGACCUUCAACCCCGACCCAAACUGGAAGAACUUCCAGAAGCCCAGCAGCAGCCGCAACUCGCUGGACGAGAGCACCCUGGGCUUCGGCUACCCCAAGUUCAUCUCGCACGAAGAGAUCAAGAAGAGGAACUACAUCCGGGACAACUGCAUCUUCAUCAAGGCUUCUAUAGAGAUUCCCCAGAAGAUAAUGGCUUAAGGUCUGACCUUUGUUCUUUUCUUUUUACGAAGGAGAAAGAUGGGUUAAAGACUGGAACUGACACUUGACCUUGAAAACUUCUACACACUUACCCUUUAGAUACUUUCUGCCCUUACAGCCUCUCCACCUCCGAGCUUGGCGCAAGUCUGUCCGGCCGUGUGAGUGGACCCAGAGGACUUUGGUGUAUCACAGAGGAGAAAGUGUUUGGUCGGCAGAACCAUCACUCUGUGGUUUCUUUUUUUUUUUUUUUUUCCUUUUAAUUUUUUAUCUGUUUGCUGACCUUUUAUCACAAUCUACAACACGAAGCCUUGGAAAUCAAACAGUGCCUAGAGAGUUUAAGUUAUAUUUUUGUUGUUAUUUCCGCAGUACAGAUGUUAAAGGAAAAAGAUGUAAAACGAGGAUUAACGGCUUCACUAAGCCUCAGCACUUACAACAGUGAGAAAGUUGGAGGCUGCUUGAAGAGGCCAUGUUUUAUCUGGACCGGUGUAAAGAGGGAGCGCAGCAGACUCAUGCUCAAGCCCAACCGCCUUUUGUUUACAUGCUCGUACAGUAUACUCCCAUUGAUCCCUUAACAAACACAGAGCCCUUGGUAGGAGACUGCUCGUGAGGUUUCCGUUCACACAAACGAAUAAAUCAAGGUUUUCAGAUGAGAACCUUUUUUUUUUGUGAUUUUCUGUAUUUCAAAGGAAUGAUUCGUCAUUUUCUCGAUGAGUGUUAAAUAAGAAGAUCGGCACCACUUUAAUAUCUGUCUGUUGAAUAUGAAGCUACAGCAGGCAGUCAUUUAGCCUAGUUUACUAAUUUUUCUAUUUUGUUCGUUUAAUCCAGACAAAACCAAAGCGUAAAAACAAACAAAUUGUGGUUCCACAACAAGCUCGUCUUGGUUUUUAUACAAGGUAUGACAUGUCAUCUCAUGAACUUCAGAGAUGCUGGUUGGCAGAUUUUGGUGCUAACGCUGUGUUCACACCGGACGCGAGACGAGCAAGUGAAUGACGUGGAUAGACACAAACAUUUGUCUGUUUUUCCUUCCACUUUCUCCGACAAACCUACUCUGAAUUAACGCGCACGGAAAUAUGAACUUUUGAAUGUAAAGAAAAGCCCACUCCCCUACUUCGCCCGGUCACGACACGUAGAGCAACUCGUGUCAAAAAGCUCUGGUUGCCCACAAACAGUGACGAUAGUUUCAUCCUCCAUUUCUGAUACCACGUCUGACGCCCAGUGAUGUAUGGAGGACCUCAAUGCUGAUUGGUUUUCGCCUCACGCAAAUAUUUUGCUCAAGUUCAAAUUCUUCGACUUGAAAUGCGAAUGAAAUGUUUUUGCGUUAUGUGUAAUCUACUCGCGCAAAUUAUUUGCGUCACGUCCGGUGUGAACACAGCAUAACUGUUUCCAGUCUUCGUGCUAAGCUGAGCUAAAUGCCUGCUGGUUGUAGCUUGGUAUUAAUUAUGGCUUGGUGUUUUGAGGAAAUGCGCUUAUUUGCUGUCUUGCCAAGAUUUAGAUAAGAAGAUUGAUAACUCUCAUGGCAGAACACUUACUAAAGACAGAAUUCAUACGUGACGGCGAGUCCACCGGGAGGAGGGGGGGAAAAGCACCUUUCGUCGGUCUUCGGAUGAGCAGAGCAGACAAAGAGGCCAGUUGUCGGAGUACACGUAUGCAUUUAAUAGUGAAGGACAAGCCAUGUGGCCUUUUUAUACAGUAUGUCUGCGCAUGAGGGUUUUAGGGGUGAACAGGGCGACAUAAACACAUGCAUGCUUCAUGUGCUACCACCUGGACCACAUUUUUGUACUGUAACCUGUAUUCUUGAAAUCCUCUCCCAUUGAUGGAUAUGUUGUCUCUUUUAUUGGACAAUUGUCAUAACAAUCGAUUUUUUUUUAAAGGUUUUUUUUUGUUUUGUUUUGUUUUAUAUGGAGAAAAUGUGAACUCAGUUGAUAUUGUCACCUAUAAAGACAACAGAACACUUGGCUGUGAAGUGUGUUGGCCAUGGAUGGUGCAAGAAAACUGUUUGAAAAGAUGGUUAAUGAAAUGUCCUCUGCAAAUAUGUGGGUGUCUCGGGACUGAUUGCACCUUUGUUGUUACCAUGGUCACCGGUGUCUGUCUUCAGCUCGGCGUGCGAUCUGGCGACAGGGAUGUCAGUUGGAGGGAGCAGCCCUGCGCGUUAUACCUGUCUCCAUCACAAGCACCAUCAGAACAGUGGAGGAUGCUAACGGUACAGUACACUCAUCAUGUAUGUGAAUACAAAUGUAAAAAUGCAGAAGCACAUUCUGUCUUUUUAAUAUUAUACAUGGGAAAAAAUCCUGAUUUCUUGUCAUGAUACCAGCUGAUAUUUUACAGUGAUUUAAAGAAGUGAGAAGAUGAAACUUUUUUGUAAGAUUCUGUAUUUUUAAAGAUACUUAACUGUUUUAUACAAACCCUUUUUGUUGGAGAGUCGGGGUUGACUUUGGGAAUUUUCAGACCUUUGGUCUCUUGGACAUUUGGAUAAUUUGUUUGUCCGUGUGGUUUGAGCCUCACAUAUUCUGUCUGUAUUAUUUCCUCUUAAAAGUAUUUAUUUUAAGGCGCCGUCAUGUGGGUUUGCACAGAUGGCACACAUGUUUUAAUAUGUUGACUGAUGAGUGCUUGUCAAUUUCUUCAUUGAAAUAAAAUACCAUAUAUUAUA